AUGAUUCAUUCUUUCCUUCGUGUCAAGCAUACAGUUUCUUUCAUUCUCGACGAAUUUUUCAUUCUCUUUCAUUCAGCUGAAAUUUCUAAUUUCUUUCAUUCUUGUGGAAUGAUUCAUUCUAUCAUUCGUGUCAAAUCCGAAUCACAUUCAUUCUUUCCGAAUGUUUUAUCCUUUUUCAUUCGGUUGAAAUAUCCAAUUUCUUUCAUUCUUGUUCAUUUUUCAUUCUCUUUCUUUCAUUUGAUAUUUCCAAUGUCUUUCAAUCACGUUCAUUUUUUAUUCACUUUUAUUGAUUACAUUUUAUCUUCAUGUUCUUUUUUGAUAAAUUUCGUUACCUUUCUUUUCCAAGAUAUUUCCAAUUUCUUUCAUUUUUCUUCAUUUUUCCUUCUCUUUCCUUCUGUUGAUAUUUCCAAUGUCUUUCAAACACAUUUAUUUUUAUUCACUUUUAUUGGUUACUUUUAA